AUGGCUUCCACUCAAUCUAACGGCAGCGGUAAUGCAAGUGGUGCCCGUUUCGGACUUGUGGUUAACAACGACGACAAACACACAGAGGCUUCUUUUCCUGUGCUCGAUCCCAUCACCGGCUCAGUUGUGCAUCUUGCMCCCGCCGCAACACAGCAGCAAGCAAUUCAAGCUGUCGAAAGUGCUCAAAAAGCAUUCGAAUCAUGGCGCGAGACAACCCCAAUCAAGCGCCGCGAAAUCCUAAACAAGGCUGUACAAAUUCUCCAAUCCCGACAAGAUGAGCUUGUCAAUGCUAUGGUGGCAGAGACGGGUGCGAAGAAAAGCUGGGCUGCGUUUAAUAUCAAAACCGGAAUACAGUUUGUGAUGGAAGGUGCUGGCAUGGUGACUCAGGUUAAGGGAGAGCUGCUACAGAGUAAUGACGAAGGUACUAUUGCUCUGGUUUACAAGGAACCCUGCGGUGUGGUCUUGGGUAUCGCGCCCUGGAACGCGCCUAUCAUUCUGGGCAUUCGGGCCUUUAUCACCCCACUCGUCUGCGGUAAUACCUGUGUGCUCAAGGCUUCGGAGGCUAGCGCCUACACUCAGUAUCUAUUAGUGGACUGUUUCCGACAGGCUGGACUGCCUGCGGGUGUACUCAACUUCAUCUGCUGUCCUCGCGCAGAUGCCGGACCUAUCACCGAGGCCAUGAUCGCCCAUAGUGCUGUUACUCGAGUCAAUUUCACCGGCAGCACACCGGUGGGAAAGAUUAUAAGUGCAGUGUGUGCCAAAUAUCUAAAACCGGUGGUCCUUGAAUUAGGAGGCAAAGCACCCAUGGUUGUACUCAAGGACGCGAACCUCGAAGAGGCGGUCAAAGCAGCUGCUUUCGGCGCAAUGCAGCAUCAGGGACAAAUUUGCAUGUCAACUGAGCGCAUUAUCAUCGACCGGACUGUGUCUGCCAAAUUUCAAGAGCUUUUCAGAGCCAAGAUCGAUUCUAUGUACGCGGCUGAUCCAUCGGUGGAUGCUUCAGCGCCUCUUGGAAGCCUGAUAAAUGCCACGGCAGGUGCGCGUGUACACAAAUUGGUAAGUAAUGCGGUGGAAAACGGAGCAGAAAUUGUUGGGGGAAAAUUCUCCAUCUCUGGUGCCAUUGUCCAGCCCGUCGCAUUAUCAAAGAUCACAAAGGACAUGGACCUAUAUCAUCAAGAGUCAUUCGGUCCUGUCGUGACUUUGUUCGAAUUCGAUUCGGUCGAAGAAGCUAUCAACAUCGCCAACGAUACGGAAUAUGGCUUKGUUGCGUCGGUCUUCAGCACUGACAUAUUACAGGCGAUCAAAGUUGCGCGGCGGAUAAAGAGUGGUUCUUGUCAUAUCAACGGUCCUACAGUUCAUGACGAACCACAUUUGCCUUUGGGAGGACAGAAAGCGAGUGGUUAUGGAAAGUUUGGGGGCAAUGCUUGCAUCAAUGAGUUCACGGAGGACAGGGUCAUUACGAUCUCUGCAGGAGAACAUUCCUUUCCUAUUUAA